GGAUUUCGGUGGUUUGCAGCUGUCUCUUUUGUUCCUGCUUUUCCAAAGAUUCUUCCUUUCCCAAGUUCAUAUUUGCAGGGGACUGGGUCCCAGCAACAUGGCGACGUCCAGUACAUCAAGUGGUUCUCCCGUGGGGCAUACGGUAAAUACAGUGGCCAUUGUCUUCGGAGUGAUCACCAUCUGUGUCAUAACUAUCCGGUUGUACGGCCGUAUAGCACUUGUUCGAGCAGUUGGAGCGGAUGAUGUUUUGAUAGUGAUUGCGAGUUUCUUGUCAUGGGGCUUUAUAAUUGCAACUGUUCUUGCUGUCCAUUACGGUCUGGGGAACCAUAUUGAUGUCGUUUUGGAGAUGGGAACAAUCACAAAGUACGCAAAGGUCGUCUGGGUUUCUUCGAUCUUCUACAAUGCCACCUUGGGUUUCAUUAAGACGUCUGUCCUAUCGCUGUAUUCCCGACUGGGAGACUCAACCCUUACGACGAUGUCAUACAUUAUGAUUGCGGUUGUCGGUUCUCAAGCUACAGCGAAUGUCCUCGUGUGCAUCUUCCAGUGCAACCCGAUUCCAGCAGCAUGGGAUACCGCAAUCACCAAGAAAACGUGUGUCAACAUCAACGCCUUCUACCUCGCCAAUGCGGCUACAAACAUCACAACCGAUCUGCUUACCUAUUGCUUACCCUGGAAUACUGUUCGAAAGCUGCAGAUGCCUCGGAAGCAGAAGAUUGCCGUGGGAGUCAUGCUCUGUCUUGGUCUUUUGGCGUGUGUCUCCUCGAUAAUUCGAAUCACCUAUAUUCCGCGCAUGCUCUCCUCUCCUGACUCGACCUACGUGAUCUCAAAUGCCAUGUACUGGUCGGUAAUUGAAACUAAUAUCGGCAUCCUUGCGGCCUCGAUACCUUCAAUGAAGGUGGUGGUAGUGACAUUCCUUCCCAAGUUGCUUUUGGACUCCUCGUAUCGAUAUGGGAAGCGGAACGACAGUCAUAGUGGCUUCUUCCACCGGAGUAGCAAUAGCAAAGGAGGCUUCAACAAACUCUCUGCCGCACGGACUGAACCGAACCCAGGCAUUAGUCGGGAUGAUACCAAGGGUUAUGAACUUACGACGAACAUCACUGCGUUGGAUAAUUCUACAGACAACGUGGAGACCUCCAACGGCUCUGGUAGCCGAAAUUCAGAGCAUGGCAGCCAAGAUCGCAUUGUUGAACCUGAAUCCCACCAACAGCCCACCAACCCUUGGGACGGUUGUAUCGUGCGAACAACAGAGCUAACUACUAAGGUUGAAAAUUUAUCGGGGGCUCCGAAGAUGUGAACAAGACAACGACCAUACUUGGUGUGCUUAGGGGUAAGUAGACCUCCAAAACAGAUCUUGUGAAUCAAGAUACUGCCCUUUCAUUUGAAAUAAUGUACAGUAUAGCGAAUCAAUAAAUGUCCCCUU